GCUGGUUUUUUCCCGCUCUCACCUGUCCGCCUUGCACGCGCGUCUCCCCCCCUCUCCUCGCGCUCCUCCAGGAAGACCAGCGGCACUUUGAACAAUUCACGCGCAACUUUCACGCGACACAACCCUGACAGUUGUUGCGUUCUUUGCAUAUUUUUAUUUUUAUUUUUUAAAUAUUUUUCUUUUUUUCUUUUUUUAGUGGUGGAUUUUGUCAUGCGAGGAUUCUAAUGUGUCCAAGGGAUAUGGCUUAAAUAAUGUUUGCUGGAGUAAGGUCCGUCACUUGAGUGUUUUUAUUAUCAGCCAUUAUUGUCGACUUUGGAGGAAACCCAUCUCAAUGGGAGUAUACCUGGAGGACUGAGUUGGAUUCGACAGUCGAGAGGAGAAAAAAAUGUGGAUAAAACGGAGUGUUGUGCGCAGUCCGUCUGCGUUGCGGCCCAGCAGCUGUGUGGGACACCGGGUGUGGAUUCUGCUGGCCAUGACCCACCUCACCUUGGACUUGUCUGCGUGCAGCCCCCUCAGUCAGGGCCUGGGCAUCAAACUGACACCUAAAUCGGCGCCUCGUUCGCGGCCUCGCCUGCAGCCCCUUUGGGACGUGCCCAAUAAGCUUCACUGGAGAACAGUUAGCCCGUUGGCCCGCCGCCUCCUCAACCCCGUCCCGCUGCCCCAGGACAGCAGGGCAGGACCGGGGCCCAAGGUCCGGGGCCAAAGGCACAGGAAGCUGACGCAUAAAGGACAAGUGUCAUGUAAAGAGUGCCAGUACAGAUACUCUCAGAUAGAGGCGGCUCAUCCUUUGGCUGCCAUAGCGGACGCUCCGGCGGCUUCGUCCGGUGGGAGCAGAGGGGACACGGUGCGCUUGUUACUCCGAGCCAGGAGGCAGCUCAAAUGGGACAGUUACGAUAAGUCUCAGGAGGGCCGGACUACUACAGUGGCUGGAUUUAUUGACUGGGGACCCACAGGGACCGACGACGGCGCAGACGUAGAUGAUAAACAGGCGCCCAACAUCACGCUGUCCACCAGGGUCUUCACCACCACAGUGGCCACCACCACGAGCACCACAGCCAGGGUCUCCCAAAGGACGUUCCCUGUGGUGUCCACGCCAGAGCCCAAGAGGCUAAGCACCACCAAGGCUACCGUCAGCUCCGGGGAGACUGUCAAACCACCAAAGCCAUACGGGGACACACCAGGUUUGGCAGUUCACCAGAUCAUCACAAUCACUGUGUCUCUCAUUAUGGUUAUAGCAGCCUUGAUCACAACACUCGUCCUUAAAAACUGCUGUGCGCAGUCAGGAAAUGGCCGCCACAAUAGCCAUCAGCGCAAGAUCCACCAGCAGGAAGAAAGCUGCCAAAACUUGACAGACUUCACCCCGGCCCGGGUGCCCAGCAAGGUGGACAUCUUCACUGCCUACAACGACAGCCUGCAGUGCUCACACGAGUGCGUCAGGACCGCCGUGCCCAUCUACACCGACGAGAUGAUCCAGCAGACGCCCGUCUACAAGACCGCUUACAACGGAAACAGGCCCUCUCCCACCGAAAGACAGUUGAUUCCCGUCGCCUUCGUGUCUGAGAAAUGGUUCGAGAUCUCCUGUUGACGAGCUGAAAGCCCCGUUCACUUCCUGUGGGGUGGAAGAGACCUCCCUUGUUUCCGCUCUGGAUCAAGCUGGAAAAAACAAGAAACACAAAACAGCUUCUUUUGUAAAAUAGUACGAUCACUCUUUGGACACUGGUGAAGAUAUUUAUUUUUCUAACAAUGACAAAGCAGAGCAGCCGCCACGCUGCCACUCCAUAUUUCCAGGAACGUACUGACAUUUAGAUAUAGAUCAUAAUGUAGGUAUAUUAACGCAAUGUGUGGGACAAGACUGUGGACGUUGCAUAUGUCUCAAGGAAAACAUGGGAUUAUAUUUGACUUUUGGAUAAAGAGGAAUCCGAGCAGCUGCGGUGGGUGGAAGAUGAACUCUAUUUCUGAACAAUGUGCCAAUAAUGCCACUAUGUGCCACAACCUGAGUAGAAGGAAGUUUCAAGAACAACUACUGAUGGACAACACAAAGAGUGCUAUAUUAACCCUGUAUCGACUCCAACUACAUUUUUGUUUUUUUCUUAGGAAAUGUGAAUGAUAUAAAAUGCUACAAAUGUAUUUGAAUAUGUUUUGAAAUAGUUUUAAGAAAAGUGUUGCAAAAGAGUCUAAAACAUAUUUAUAUGAAGCACUAUUCUAUUAGUUCAGGAGAAGAGAGGACGGAAGAAAAAAAAAAGAGAAACGGUAUAUGCUUUAUUGAACAGACUGAUAUUGAUUUUAAAACAUUAUUUCUAUAGGUCCCAUUUUAAAGACAGAAUAGUUGACAUCUAUUUUUUUACACUAAGAAGUCUGCCACAACCCCAGCCGUGGAGCUUCGGAGAUGCAGCACUGUUAAUUAAAUCCUCACAUCCGAGCUGAGAUUCCAAGAG